CGGCCGCAGUCCUAGCCGCCGCGCCUUCGUACGAGCCGUGUGUAGCUGCCGAUCUCCUCCCCCGCACCCCGCCGCCGUUUCGCCCGCAUUCUAGUCGUGGGUGUCGCGCCGUGCAGUCCUCGCGUGUGCCGCCGAACUCAGUGCGCCGUUUGUGAGUGCUAUAGUUCCCGCUCGAGUGUCAGUGUGACGGAGAAACCUGAGAUUCGCCGCGGAGGAUGUUAACAGCGCACGAUAGCAGCUGUUGACGUCCGAAGUAGCAGCCCGCCGCUCGGCCACUCUUAUUCUCCCCCCGCUCCUCACACCCUCUCCAAGAUUGCUGCCACCAUGGGACGGAAGAAAAUACAAAUAUCACGGAUCACGGAUGAACGGAAUCGACAGGUGACAUUCAACAAGCGCAAAUUCGGGGUGAUGAAGAAAGCUUACGAGUUGAGCGUGCUCUGCGACUGCGAGAUCGCCCUCAUCAUCUUCAGCUCCAACAACAAACUCUACCAGUAUGCCAGCACGGAUAUGGAUAAGGUGUUACUGAAAUACACGGAAUACAACGAACCGCAUGAGUCCCUCACCAACCGGAACAUCAUCGAGGCACUAACGAAGAAAGAGCAUAAGAACGGAGUGAUGUCCCCGGACAGUCCGGAGGCUGAGCCGGAGUACAACCUGACACCGCGGACCGAGGCCAAGUAUUCAAAGAUCGAUGAGGAAUUCCAAAUGAUGAUGCAGCGUAACCAAAUGAACGGCAGCAGAGUGGGGGUGGGAGUGACCGGGAGCAACUACAACUUGCCAGUGAGCGUGCCGGUGGGGAGUUACGACCAGUCGCUGCUGCAAGCUAGUCCACAGAUGCACACUUCUAUCAGUCCACGGCCCUCGUCUUCGGAAACCGAUUCAGUUUACCCCAGCGGCGGAAUGCUAGAGAUGUCCAACGGCUACCCCGGGUCCGGCUCGCCGCUGGGCGCCGGCUGCACCCCGUCGCCCUCCCCCGGCCCCGCACCCUCCCCCCACCGACACCCGCACAAGUCUCACGCACACGCCCCGCCACCGCACCACUCACCCCGGAACAACUUGCGCGUAGUCAUACCCAGUUCAAUGCCACCGCCUCAGGACGAUAUAUCAUAUGCUGGAGAGACACCACUAAGCUACUCAGGACUCGGCAACUUCGGCGGACCCCAGGACUUCAGCAUGAGCUCGGACAUCGGCAUCGGCCUGUCUUGGGGCGCGCACCAGCUGCAGACUCUACAGCACAACAGGUACAUUUCACCUUACAGUAGCAGCCUACCAGUGUUGGGCGGUGGGACGCCGCCGCCCGCCGGCUCGCCCAGCAACGUGAAAAUUAAAGCGGAACCUGUUUCACCGCCUCGAGGCUCUGAUCAUAUGCACCGACCCCCGCCCGCGCCUCAGCCCGCGCACUUAUCCGGUGCCAUUGAUGGUAAGUACGUUUAUUUUUCAGGAUCAGUAACGUCAAGUAACAUGGGCUCGCCGGCCGGGCAGGACAUGAGGCAUGCAAACACCGUCCCACUAGACUACGAGCAGCCCCACACCAAGCGGCCGCGAAUCGACGGCUGGGCCACAUAGCUAGGCUAUGAGGCCUUCGGUUCCUACCCGAGGCCCCUGCACCCGCACUGCUAGACGGCCAGACAGCCGGCCCGCACCUCCAGGCCCCAACGUGGCUGCGAACUCCUCCACCGAGCUUUCUGUACUAUACCGUCCUGGUCUACACAAAAUGCUCUUUUCCUCAGAGCCAAGAGAAUAUCUAGGUAACAGAAUUUUUAUGAAAGGUGCUUUUUUAAAACAUGGCACGGUGUUUAUGUUGUAUUUAAUGGAUGAAUGGUAACAUGGGAAAAGGGCAUAUUAGUGCUAAUGAAACGCUCCCUACAAAUGCUUCGUUUCCCUUAGAUGUUGACUAAAUGUUCAUUAUUCACAGUACUUCUAUGAUACGUAAUUAAACAAUAUAAUAUUGCACUUAUAAGUACACUAAAGAUUAAGGGUUAAUGUUUAAAAUUAAGUACAAUAUUUUAUAAUGUUAGAUGCAAACCUGAUCAAUUUUUAAACGUAUCUAUGGAGUUGUAGAUAGAUUUAAAUUACCCUUGUAUAUAGCGACGUUAUAUGUGCAAUCCGUGCCAUUGUCUAUUUAGCUUAUAGUGCAUUAGUGUUACGUGCAAGUUGUUCUGAAGUUUGGUGCGUGGACUGUAAAAAAGCAGCCGGAGGAAAGUGUGCAUUAUGGAACACAAGAAAUAGUGCAAGUGCGUUUUUAAGACUAUAACAAAAAUGACUGUUGACUUUGUGUUAGUGUUUUAAAGUUUUUUGUGCCAUUUUAAAAUACCUAUCAUUAGUGUGACAUCCGAACUUUGAAUCUUUGUAAAUUAAGUAAGCGUAGCGACAUCACAGAAGAUAAUAAGUUAUGUAUUGGAUAUUGUACUUUAUCUAUUGACAUAUUUAUACAUGAAAAUCAUAAUAAUAUUUACAUAAUAUGUAUACACGUCCCGUUAGGAACGAAUGUUAUGUAAUGUAAGUAGGUAAUGUUAGCUAGAGACGACUAUAUAAAGAUACCACACGAAGCUUUAAAAUUCUUAUGAUAACACUCGCACUCUAAGCAGUCUUGUAAGUAAAGAAAAAAACACGAUUUGCAUUAUAAUUUAGGACUCUCAACAUUCUACAAGUCAUCGUUGGCUAAUGUAAUUUUAUAAACACAGAGUAAAAUAAAUCACUGAAAUUUAAUAAAUAAGCACGUGCGGGCGUUUCUAUUUUUCCCAGACCAAAAAAUAAAGUCAAUUUUGAAUAUCAUAAAUUGUAAAACAGUACUUCUAAAGUACCCACAAUUAGUAAUUAUAAUAAAUUAGUCGCUAUACCUAAUUAAUUGGUUACUAGAAAAUUGAUGAAGCUUGUUAUUAGUGAAUUUUUAUUUUGUUAAUGUGAUCUGAAGAAUGCAUUAAAAUCCCGUUUGCAUCAAAUGUAACCAUUGGAAAAUAACUAAUAUAAUAUAUUGUAAAUUAUUUAAGCUUUAAUCAUACACAGAAAUAUAAUAUUUAUCACUAAAUAUCAUAUUUUCGUAAAGCACUAUAAAAUCACAUGCCGCCCUAUUUUAGAUAGUAAUGUAUUUUCAUAAUAUAAUGAAUAAAUAUAUCAUGCCAUAUGUCAUGAAGUUCUCAAAGAAAAUAUUGUCAUAUUCAAAUAUAAAUAUUCAAAAUGUCACUCAUUCUCCAUAUUUUUUAUGUUACCUAUACCAUCCAUUCAAAUAAAGUUCCUUAACUGUCGUUGAAAUUAAUUGAUUUGUUGACUUUAUUCAAAAUAUUUUUGCAAUGAGCCACGUAAGUAAAAACUAAAAAAAUAAUUGAAUACAUUUAGUCGUGUAUUCAUUCAAAUUAAAUAAUGUACAAAAAGUGCUUCACAAUGCAAUCAUAAAUAUUUUUGCCAAUGAAGUAGCAUUUACGUAAACUGAGUUAGAUCUUUUGCUUUCACCGAGUUUCACCUUCUGGACCACCGCUAUAUCUGAGUGUAUACAAUAUUUCGUCUUCACUUUCUUCAAAAACUGCAUUUAAGUUAAAGUUAACUUUUGAGAGCAUUGCAGAGAUCUGGUAAAACCUGAUCCACGACUAUCGUAUUCGAAAUCUGAUAUAUGAUUGAAUAAUAAUAUAAUAAAUACAUUUACACGAGUUCCUAAAAUAAAUUCAGAUAUUGUAACACAAGGUACAGAAAUACAUAAAAUAUAUUUUAAAUAGCAAGUUGUUGUAAUAUCUAUACUUACCUAUAUUUUCAUAAAUUGUUAUUAUCCUCAGUAAACUGAACACUAUUAUCAUACUACGUUACGUAGGACAGUUUAAACAAAUUUAAUUUGUCAAUAGUCUAAUCCGAUAUGAAUAGUCCAACAGUAAAUAAACCACAACUGCAUAAAAACCAACAAUAUUCGAGUCGAGAAUCUAAAAUUUUGUAAAACACGAAUAGAUCACAAACAAAACGACACUUACAGAAACCCAAAUCCCGAGUAAUCUUAUAAUAAACAUUUGUAUACUAAACUUAUUCAAGUAUUAGGUAACCUCUCUCCCCUCAUAUCUUCUCACUGUAGAUGCCUUACUCACAGUGCCUAAAUGUACCAUAAUUAUACCAAAUUUGUAUCAUACAUAUAAAUUUUUUGCAUCAAUAUUUUCACACCCUAAUAUUUUUAAGUAUUUACAAACUAUAAAAUAUAUAUUAUGAACAAAACCUAUAAAACUUGCAAAUGAAAAACUGAAGCCCUAAUCAGCAGUGUUUCAUUUGUAGGAACCCAAACAUUGUAUAGAAUAUGUACAGCUGAUAAUUACCUCUAGUUAUUAGUCGGUGCGUGAUCGUAUGCACUUGAAUCGUUGGAUAUAUGUAGAUGUUUAGCAUAAAAUGUAAUGGAAAAUGUUACUGAUUAAUGUAAAACGAGCACUGUAGUUAAAGAAACAAAAUUAUGUAAUCCUUCAAGUCACAGUAACAAAAUGAUGGAUGUAUAUUUGUUAAAAUUUGUACAGGGAGGUAACCAAUUCGAAGUUCAAAAGUCUGAACGGUUAAGAAAAUGUAUUUUCGCAUUGUAAAAUAUUAUACACAAAUAGUAAUGUAAUACGAAUUAAUAUUUUAAUACCGGAUCAUAAUAAUGAAUGUUGUCCCUUGUUUAAGGGAGUAUUAUUAGUACACCGUAUUUAAUAUGUAGUAUAUAAAGUCUAAAUUGUUAAUGUGUUAACAUAACAAUGCACUGUUAGAGAUAUUAUCUUGUUUACUACCAAAUUCUAAAGUUACGUUAUGUCCUGAUCGUUUUCGAUCGCUCGUCUCUUUAAGAUGGCUUGAUGCGACCCUAGCCUAGGUCUUCACGUACGUAAGCUCAUUUUCAAUUUAGAAAAAUGUUAUUCCUCUAUAGUUUCCUCGAAAUCUUAAAGUACGUACCUUUUGUAAACCAAGUCUGUCUUUUAACAGAGUAUUAUACAGUAGAGUAGUUUCACUGAGUAAAAUAGUAUGAACUUUGAGGGAACUUUACAGAUUUAGAUUUCGCAAAAAAAAAUCAAAAUGAAUGUUAUUUUUCAUUUUGCAUCAUGAACUUUCGGAAAAUAAUUUCUAAUGUAAUGUAUUCGUCCUUUUUAUUAUUUAUAAUUUUAAAGCAUAGAUUAUUACAUUAUAAUUCAAAAAAUAGACGAUUUCUUUAAAAUUAAGGCAGAGUUCGUAUUGUUGUGAGGACCUAGCGCAUUUAUGUAAACGUGUCGCGAAUAUAGUCUGACUAAUAGAGGUGAAAUUUUGAGAGGAGUUGAGAUCACUCGCACAAAAACAAAAGAUAAAACAAAAACCAACAAUUUCAGAUUUCGCAACAUUUUCUCUUCUGAAAGUUUCACCCUCUAUUUUUCAAAUAUCAAAUAACAUAAGCGUCCAAAAGACGCAUAUUUAAAGUUUCUAAACCCUUCUAUUUUUUUGUUUAAAAUUUGCUCAACCGUAUUGUAUUAGGCCAAAAUUAAUUCUUGCAAUAAGGGUUUAUGCCAAUUUCCAUGUUAAAAGGCUCUAUGUUGAUUUUUAAAAUCAGUUUGCUAUUGUUUCAAUUUACUUUUUUUAUAGAUACUUUUUAAAUCAAAUAGCAAUCUAGUAGAGAUACUAUGUAUGGAUGAUUUUAUAACUCAGCAGAGUCAGUUUCGAUAAAAAAAACGUGUACAGAAUAGUGCAUCAAGCAAAAUUCACUGAAAGCCGUAAUAUAAAUCAUUCUACAACAAUUAUUUUCACUAAAUACAUGUUACAGUUACCAUUUGCGAGUGAAACUAUCAGUACUAUAUCCUGAAACAAAGUUUGAAGCUGCAAAAUGUAAUAAAACAAUGUAAUAAACUCCAAAAAUAUUAUUUUUUUCAUAUUUACAUACUUUACUUAACGUAUUUCUUUAAUUUUGGUAACAUUUCAAAGUUUGUCAUGAGGACACAAUUUAAUAGCAUCAAAUUCAAUUUUUUCGAGUGUUUAGUUUUACUCGUGAAUAGUUUGGUAUUUAGAUGUCUAAUAAUAAUUCACUUUGUUGUUACCUACAUACCUAUCACCAGAUAUUGCACUCCCAUGUUGUUAAAUUAGGUAAUGUAUAUAUUGCAGUAAACAUGGUCAUAGCUAAAUGUUUUGUGUACCAUGGGCGACAAUCGUCUAUCUGUUUAUGUUAAUAGGUCAUUAAUAAUUGUAUUACCUUAUAUCUAUAUCUUUGACCACUUUGUCGAUCGCACUUUUAUCGACAUUCUUGUAUAAAUUAGUAUAUCAACAGUAAGCUGGUAAUGGGAGCAUUAUUUCCGAGGUUGUGAGCUUUGCUAUCGGGAAUGAUUUCACUGUAUAAUUAAUGAUAAUGAUUAUUUAAAUAAUUGUAACAUUCAUUUUCACGCACAACCGUGUUGUGUGUUAUUGUAAAAAGGGUUUGCUUCGUUUGUUUUGUAGGUGUAUACUACUUUUUCGUGUAUGUUUAAUCUGUAUUAAUACAGCUCUGUCACAAUAGCAAAGAGUUAUUAAAUCAAUUUACAUUAUUGCAUUUAAAUGUUGUAGUCAUAAGCGUAGAGCAUCCGAAAUCAUAUUAGAUUUCGAUUUAGUAUAUGUUAUAAUUAUAAUAGUCCUGUCCUCCCUUCCGUGUCUUUUUGCUAUUGUUUCAUGGCGCUUCUGAACAACCCAGAUAGUUUAUAGGUAUAUGAAUACAUAUCCUUAUUGAAUACUCAAGUCGAUUUCACUUAUUUCUCUGUAACAUCAGUUGUGCAAUACAUAAUAAUAACAAUCGCUUAGGUAGGUAUUAGGUAUAUUUUGUUUGAAUUUACAUAACGUAAUGCAAAAUCUGUUUUAUUUUAUCGAUAUUUUUACUGAAUACAACGGCGCACCGAUGUGUUUUCUAGGUGUCCCGUGGGAAUUUAAGUCAUAACGUAAAAUUAUUUUUAAGAAGAGGCCGGGCCAAAUAAUGCAUUAAUUUAGGCCUUACAGCGCCUGGGGCAGACAAUUCUGCCCUGUGUAUAAAUGAGUAUUGAUAAUAACAUCUCACUGAAUGAAAUAUUAAUGUUAAUGGACAGUGUUAGAAAAUUGUUAUAAAUUAUUUUGAUGACUGUUCGAAGGUAAUAAAGAGUUGGAUGUCAA